UGGGGGGGUGGGGCGGGCUUUGUGAGUGGAAGCUGUUGGGAAUGUUGGGAAGAGUAUGCUAGGGAAAGCUGGGUAUUCAGAGUGGAAGCUAGUUAGAGUCGGGGGCUGACCUGGAUGGGAAUUGGGGCAGGGAAUAGAGGAAGAACCUAUGCAGGGGUGGUGUACCUAGUAGGUGUAACUAAAUAACUUGUUUACUCCUUUGGAUUAGAAGCGCAAAGAGUUGGAAAGAAUGUGAAUGCGAGGCCUUAGUAGAGGCUGGGGUUAGGAACUAAGUAAAGUAAGCAGGACAGGUAUUCUUUGUUAAGUUAGAGGAAAUGUAUGCACCGUAGGACUGAGCCAUCAGUUCACUGAUAUUACAAGAUUCUGUAAUGGUUUUGGGCUGGAGGAUGGUUACAAGUAUUGUCUGGUCAGUGCUGCUUCUACCCGUCUGUACCACAGUAUUUAUAAUCUUCAGUAGCAUUGAUUUAUUUCAUCCUAUACAGUGGCUGUCUGAUUCUUUCAAUGAUCUAUAUAGUUCCCGUGUAAUCUUUUACCUCUUGCUGCUGUCAGUGGUAGUAAUAAUAAUAAGUAUUUUCAAUGUGGAGUUUUAUACAGUUGUGCCCUCCAUCCCCUGCUCCAGACUGGCACUGAUAGGGAAGAUCGUCCAUCCCCAGCAGCUCCUGCACUCGUUUGUUCAUGCCGCGAUGGGAAUGAUGGUGGCUUGGUGCACUGCGGUGAUGGCCAAGGGCCGGUACAGUUUCCUCGUGGUUCCCUGCACUUGUACUGAGAGCUUAGAUGGCCCUGCUGCACAAACCUGCUUAAAUGAGUAUCAUCUUUUUUUCCUACUGGCUGGAGCAUUUAUGGGCUAUAGUUACAGCCUCCUUUAUUUUAUUAACAACAUGAACUAUCUUCCAUUUCCCAUCAUACAGCAAUACAAGUUCUUGCGCUUUAGGAGAUCUUUGCUCUUACUAAUUAAACACAGUUGUAUGGAAUCACUGUUCCUGAUUAGAAAUUUCUGCAUUGUGUAUUAUUUUCUUGGCCAUAUUCCCAAAGCUUGGAUUAGCACUGCUAUGGACCUUCAAAUAGAUGAGCAAUUUCAUAGGCCUCUUGAUACUGUGAGUGGCCUCUUGAAUCUCUCAUUACUCUACCAUGUCUGGUUAUGUGGAGUCUUUCUCCUGACGACUUGGUACAUCUCAUGGAUACUCUUCAAAAUCUAUGCUACAGAGGCUCAUCUGUUCCCUGUUCAACCACCAUUUGCAGAAGAGUCAGAUGAAUGCCUCCCAAAAGUUUUAAACAGCAGUCCACCUCUCAUCAUAAAGUAUUUGGCCUUGCAGGACCUGAUGUUGCUUUCUCAAUAUUCUCCUUCACGAAGACAAGAAGUUUUUAGUCUUAGCCAACCAGGUGGACACCCCCACAACUGGACAGCCAUUUCAAGGGAGUGUUUAAAUCUUCUAAAUGAUAUGACUCAGAAGCUGGUUCUCCACCAAGAAGCUGCUGCUACCAAUGGAAGAGUAAUGUCUUCAUCAUACACUGUGGAACCCAAGAAAGCGAAUUUUCCAGAAGAAACGACCUUUCUGACCCCCAAAUCUAGCCAGAUGCCUCGGCCUUCAAUGCCACCAUUAAUUAAGACAUCACUGUUUUCCUCGAAAUUAUCUACACCGGGUGUUGCCAGUCCCCUUGGGUCUCCAUUCGGGUCUAGUGUAAUGAAUCGGAUGGCUGGAAUUUUUGAUGUAAACACCUGCUAUGGCUCACCGCAAGGUUCUCAGCUAAUAAGAAGAGGGCCACGAUUAUGGACUUCUGCUUCUGAUCAGCAAACAGAACUUUCUAAUCUUCCGUCUCUUCUUAGAGCUGAGGGUAAGACAGUGAGACAGCCCAGUGUGAUUUAUUCAUGGAUUCAUAAUAAACAUGAACAGAUUAAGAAUUUCUUGUCAAAACGGGUGCUAAUAAUGUAUUUUUUCAGUAAGCACCCAGAGGCCUCCAUUCAGGCUGUUUUCUCAGAUGCCCAAAUGCAUAUUUGGGCUUUGGAAGGUCUCUCUCACUUAGUAGCAGCAUCAUUUACAGAAGAUAGAUUUGGAGUUGUCCAGACUACUCUACCUGCAAUUCUUAAUACUUUGUUGACGCUGCAGGAGGCCGUUGACAAGUACUUCAAGCUUCCUCACGCUUCUAGUAAACCACCGCGGAUUUCAGGAACCCUUGUGGAUACUUCUUAUAAAACAUUAAGAUUUGCCUUUAGAGCAUCACUGAAAACUGCCAUCUAUCGAAUAACUACUACAUUUGGUGAACAUCUAAAUGCUGUGCAAGCAUCUGCAGAACAUCAGAAAAGACUUCAACAGUUCUUGGAGUUCAAAGAAUAGUUAAGUAAUAUAAACUGUGUUCAUUACACUGCUGAUACAACUGCAGAUGGGACAGUAAAUGUUCAGCAUUCUUGGAUCAGAAGAAAAUGGACUAAUUAGAUGCUUCCUUUGUCGUGGUGGUUGCUUUGAAAACUAUACUUUAAUGGGAGAAAUCAUGGAAAGAAAUUCUCAACAGAAUAACUGAAAACGGCCUUUUCUGUACCAGUUCCUCGUUGUGUGUGUGGUAUAUAUAAUAAAAUAUUCAAUUUCACA